GAACAGAUGUUUCUUAAAAAAAAAAAAAACAGGAACGGAGGCGACUGGUUUGGAGAAACGUCAGCUCAUAAACUUUCCGCGUUUGUGGAAUUAGGAUAGAAAAACGAUCAUUAUUUAAUAUAGCUAAGUCAGUAGAUUUGAACAAAGAAACUAUUAUCGGAAUGGAUCCGUUUACCGAGAAACUCCUGGAGAGGACCCGUGCUCGCAGGGAGAACCUGCAGAAGAAAAUGGCAGAGAGGUCCACUGCUUCCAACAGACAGAUGGCCAAGAGAGCUAGGGAGCCUCUGGCUGAGACCUGCAACAGCCUGGUCACAGAGCCUGUCGUCGACAAAGGCCCCCAACAUUCCACCAAGCACUCUCCCUCCAAGCGGAGUCGUUCAGGUGAACUUGACAAGCCCACCAUUAUUGGUGAGGAGAACAGGGAGCCUGCAAUGCCUCCUCUCACCCUGACCCCUACUCUGUCAGAUCCCCAGACUGACCGGAAGCCCCCAACGGGCCCAGCCAGCAUUCUCUCUGCCUCUUCUCUAGAGAGGGUGGAUGUCUGCCCUGCUCUUCCCGUUCCUGAACCAGAACCCAUGGUGGCAACACGGCUUGUCCCAGAGCAGGUCAGGGCCACGGAGGUCGAGCGCCCUGCCCCAAAACCAACAAAGAAGGUGGCUGUGAGUGCUGCUCCACAGAGGACCAGGGAUGUGGAGGUGGUGCCUACUAGCACAGUUCUUCAGAGGGAGGCUCCCACCUCCUCCACCCCUGCUGCCAUGAAGUCUCGCCUGGCCAGACUAGCUGAACAGAGGCAUUACUGGGACUCUGAAGGUACCUCUGAGGUUCCAGACAUCCCAGCAGCUCUGUUCCCAGAGAAGAACCAGACCCAGCCGAUGCAGGCCGUAGUCCCAGUCCCCACACCCGUCCAUGCUGCUGCGUCCUCAGAGGCCCCUGUAGGCAGGAAGGGUCGGCUGGCCAACCUCGCAGCCACCAUUGGGUCCUGGGAGGAUGACCUCAGCCACGCGGCCCCUCGCAGCAGCAGAGACAAUGCACAAGAGAAGCCUGGUAGUGUCGGUAACGCCACCCCUGCUUGGAGGAGAGAGGCUGGUGCUGGAGCCAAACCCACCUCUGCUGCUGCAGACUGUCCACAAAUGACUCAGUCAUCAAACAGAAAGCCUGCUCUGGAUUCCAACCAGCAGCCUGUCCACUCCCCAGUCAUGUCCACCAGAGCAUUUCCCCCCAGCCCUCAGAAGACUGAAGUACCUGAAGCCAGACCAGCUCUACAGACAGGCAGAGGUCUCCCCUCUCCUGUAUCCAGUCCCCAGAGGAGUUACCAGGGGAGAGCCUCAGCCUUCACCCCCAGCCCUGAGAAAGGUGCUCUCUCCUCAGCCUCACCUGUGCCUCAGAGCCCCCUGAAGAACCAGGCCCUGUCCCGAGCCAUGGAGGUCAACGGUAGCCCCGAGAAGCCAGAACUCUCCACACAGCCCUCUACCAUCGGGCCCACUGGACCCUCUGUCCUGCAGACCAGGGAGAGGUUCACAAAGGAGACCACCCCGGCCACUCCCCUGCAGCAGAGAGGCACCGCUGGAGCAACUGGACCAUCUGUCCUGCACACCAGGGAGAGGUUCACAAAGGAGACCACCCCGGCCACUCCCCUACAGCAGAGAGGCACCGCUGGAGCAACUGGAACUCCAGCAGAUGUCAAGUCGUUCAUGGAGCGUUUUGGGGAGAGGUGCCAGGAGCGUUCUGGCCUGAGUUCCCCUGCUACCUGCCAUGGAGCAGCCACUCGUAACCCAAACAUAGUGAACCCGUCUGGGGCAGGCCUGGCUGGUCGUACCCCUGUAGUGAGCCAGUCUGUGACCCCCAACACCAGGCUGGUGCAGGAGAGGCUGAGAGGUGCCCAGACUGCCACCACUGCCCUUGCACAGAAACAGAAACUGGAGCGUGAGUCAGAACUGGCUCAGAUUCGUAACCGUUUCCAGAAAGGUAACAAAAUUUGGAAGAACAAGGAGGAGGUGGCAGACACCAAGAAACUCACACAGGCCAAGGAUCUGAUUGAGCAUCCUGAGGAGAGAGGGCCUGUUGUCUCACAGCCUGAUGAGCCAACAGCUUCCCCUCUGGAUAGCCUGAAUUCUGCACCCAAGAAACCUUCUGAGGAAGAAACACAGGAGGAGGAAUCGGAUGAAGAAGAGAGUCAUGAGAUGGAGAUGAAAGUGGACCAGUCCAACAACUCUGAGAUCAACAACUUUGAUGGGUUCCAUGACCAGAUUGAGGAGCUGAGUGGUGAGGAGGGUGAAGGAGAAGAGGAAGAUAAACUGAACAUCUCCUCGAUGUCCAUCCUGGCCCCCUUCUCUGAGUCGGUGGCUGCUGUGAUCAAGAGCCCAGUAAGGAAGAUGAUGACGUCGACCCCAGCCAGUUCAUUCAACGCUAAGAGCCAGACUCCUGACAUUGUUUCCAGACCCAGUAAGUUCCAAAGGGCUCGCUUGCUCCGGGCUGGGUCAUCAGACAGCCUAGAGACAGACGAACAUGAGGACCACAACCUGCCCUACAGUAUUGAUGCGUACAGGUCGACCAGGAUCAAGGAGAGUACUGAGAGGCCCUGUGUGAAGCAGGUCAUCGUGAAGGAGGACGUGUCUCAGAGAGCAGUAGAGGAGCCCAGGAGCCAAGGACACACCAGCAUCAAACAGAAGAUGAAGGUUCUGACCUAUGAGAUGAACCUGCAGCAGACUGUGAUCAGCCAGGCCAGCCAAGCCUUGAACUGCUGUACUGAUGAGGAGCAUGGGAAAGGCUCGCAUGUGGAGGCAGAGGCUGAGCGGCUGCUGCUCAUAGCCACGGAGAAGCGGGGGGCACUGAAGGCUGAGUUGGACCGUCUGAAGGGAGAGGGUCCUAGCGGUCAUAGGAGGGGGCAAGGUGGGGACAUGGGGGUAUCCGCCUCCAAGGGAUCCAUCUCUCUCCUGGAGCUACGAUUGCCCCUCAAGGCAGACUUUGUCUGCUCCGCUGCUAGCAAGCCAGAGUGGUCCAGCCAUUACUUCUUCAUCAUGAUCCGUGCUGGAGCUGAGAAUACAGUUGCUACUCCCCUAGCCAGCACAAGUAGCGCUAUCAGUGGAGACGCAAUCACCUUCUCUACCAAGUUCACCAUGCCUGACGUCUCUAACGACUUUGCAAUUGAUAUUGAGGUUUACUGCCUGGUGCAGAAGCGUGAGUUGAACCCUGACAAGAGGAAGAAGCCCAGCAAGUCAAAGGCCAUCACUCCCAAGAGGUUCCUCUCUAAGAGCAGUUUGACUCCAGUGGUGGCCAGUCCUGGGGGCCCUAAUACUGUCCGCACCAGUAACUUUGUCCUGGUCGGGUCUCACAAGCUGACUCUUGCCUCAAUUGGGAAAAACAAGUUCCUAUUGGAGAAGAUCAAAUAUGAAGGCAUUGAGAGAGAGCUUCUUAGAGACAUGUUUCACAGAAAGGUGCCUUUCCUGUGCCCCAUGGAGGGCCAUAUCUACCUGAAGAUGCAGUGUGAGGUGGGCUCCCUGGUGGAGGAGAGAGGCUUCCUGACUAUGUUUGAGGAUGUGAGUGGAUUCGGAGCAUGGCACAGGAGAUGGUGUGUCCUGUCAGGAUACUGUAUCUCCUACUGGACCUACCCUGAUGAUGAGAAACGCAAGAACCCAAUGGGUCGCAUCAACUUGGCAAACUGCAUCAGUCGUAAGGUGGAGCCAGCCAACCGAGAGUUCUGUGCCAGGCCCAACACCUUCGAGCUGAUCACUGUCCGGCCUCAGAGAGAGAACGACAGAGAGACGCUCGUCAGCCAGUGUAAAAACACAAUGUGUGUCACCAAGAACUGGCUGUGUGCUGACACAAAGGACGAGAGGAACCUGUGGAUGCAGAAGCUCAACCAGAUCUUGGUGGACCUGCGCAUGUGGCAGCCAGACUCCUGCCACAGGCCUGUGUGAGAGCACGGCUCCCCCGCCUGGACUAGAGGGCUAACAACACCCUGCAUGGUUAUGGGUCUCGCAUAUGGACUGUCACGAUCAGUGACACUUACGAUGACUAAGUGCAAUACAGUAUUCAAGUUAUUAAAUAGGAUUUACAUGUGUAUUAUAUUUUUAGAUGCUUUUAGUGGACAGUCAAGACAGUUAAAGUCAGGGAUGGGCAACUGGGGGGGCCCCUUUUGUAGCCCCCCAUUCUCCAACUCAUUCUGGGUCUCAUCCAGGGUUUUCGUUAGGAAACUGUCGCUGGACGUUUGAACAGCCACAUUUUAAUUUACAAGACAUUUUGAGAAAUCUGACGGGCCCAUAUGUAUUGGGUGCGUAAUCUGAUUAUGGUGUCCACCCACAGUGCUCAGAAUGACAAAUCACAUUUUGUUUAUGGUAAUUCAUAUUAACAGAACAUUUAAGUCAGAUACAACGAUGUGCGGUCCUGAUUCUGAUGGCCACUUUGAAGAUGUUAGAAUAAGUGUCUACAUUUAUCUUUCCUCGGCCAACAACAUGAGCAACGGACAGCAAAACCACUAGCUAUGUCAAUCUGCUAUCCUUCAUAGUAGAAAAGUUUACCUAUUUUAUUGGUCAGCUUGUUGAGAAAUAGCCUAUUCCAAAUAGACUCUGAGACCGUUAUGGGAAGAUGGUGCCCAAAUUCAUACAAUCAGUAGGUCUAGGCUACAUUAAAAAAAUUACCUUAAAGCAAUGAAUCUGAAACAACCAAUCCAAACGUUUAGCUUAAUGUUGAUAAACUAUGAUCCCAUGGCGCUUGCAAUGCCAGGGUUUUGGGUUCGAUUCCCACAGGGGACCAGUGCGAAAAUAUAUGCACUCACUACUGUAAGUCCUACUGAAUAAGAGCGUCUGCUAAAUGACAAAUGUAUUGACAUUAUAAGCUAUGUGCACAUGUUUGUUCCAUAGUACAGUUAGUGGGAAACCACCAAAAGGGCACUGCACCUGUAAGCAGUUUCAUGUGAUAGAUGAAAAUAUCCGUUGGGCUAGGUUCAGGUUUCAAUGUCUAUUAGAUCUCUUUUUAAAACAAUUAAGUAUAUGUUUUCAAAAUGCAUAGCCUACUGCCUCCAAAGUGGUGUGACGCGCUGAUGAAGCCUGCCUUCUGUUGCCGUUUGAGAUGCUGCAGCAGCUCUCACUGUCUGACAUAUUUUCCGCUCUGUCUGCAUGCUUUCGGUGUGUGAUAAAUAAGAUGCAUGAAGAAUGUACUGUAUCCUACGCAUGCGCCAAUUUAAUUCCACUAAAUGAGGCAAAUUAACCUAUAGACUUAUAAGCAUAACAAGUCAAAUGUAUUUCCAUCAAUGAAUAGGCCCCCCAAAAAAUAUCACAAUGGGGAUCUACCCCGGACAAUUUGCAGGUGCAACUUUUAUAUCGGCUUUUCUAUUUACUGGUCUCAACUUACCGUUGAGAGAUAUAAAAAAAUAAUUAAAAAAAUAAAUUUGCUUGUGCAUCAGCACUUUCUGUUAAAGCAGUCACUCAAUUAUCCCAUGGUAAGUUAGUCAUGGUCGAAUUACAGAUGGGGGGGCCCCAUUUAGAUAUUUUGUUACUCAGAUAUAUUAACUGCAAAUACUCCUCUCAGCCCCCUGGCAAAAUGUGUAGAAUUGCAGCACACUUGCUUUAAAACGAACAUUUUCUUUGUGCUCCAUGGAAAACUGCAGAACAUGUUCUCCCAAACGUACUUUUCUUCUCUCUGCUGUCAAGGGGGGCUGUUUAAAAAACAUUUUUCUCUCAAGGUCACUGCAUGUGUGUUUAUGGAUGUGGGUACUCAGACCCACAAGCCACUGGAGCCCCUCAUGAUGGGUUAAGAUUUUGUGGCCCCCACCCUUAUCAACGUUGCCUAUCCCUGGUUUAAGUUGUGAGAUAAAUAUCAGUAAAGCCAUACAUGUGUUGAUAUUUCAGUAUUGACUUGGGCUGCUGGUGCUUUUACACAGUCCACACUGACCCUGUAUUUUAUACGCAUGUCCAAAGUGUUGGGAGGCCAUACCCUCAAAUAUUUGAGAGAAUUGAGAAAGUAGGAUUUUGGUUGUCUAUGCUUAUACUCCCACGAUGCAGCUUGCUGACAAGAUAUGGCUUCAUAGGUUGACUUUAUUUUGUCUGAUUUCAUGUUUUGAAUCAAUAUUUAACUUGAUGUGUCACAACCAAUUCUAGAAUUGUCUGCGUCGGUGCCAAGGUUAUGCACCAGAAUGUUGUGUGUUUUUUGCUAUUCCCUUUUUUCUUCCUUUGCAGUCUUAGCUAACCUUAUAUUUAUCAUGUUGUGCACUGUGGGUAGAAACUUCUGAGCUGUCGAGACUACCGAACAAAAAAGCCUUUAAUAUUGUUUGUAUUUAUGUCAAUGUUUUAUUUUUGUGUCCAGGUUUGAAAGGGUUACAGUUAAACAGGGGGUGUGGAUCUGCAGGUAUUGGUAUAGUAUACCAUCAUUCUAUUGUAAUGGAUAACUUUGACAGUUGAGAUUAUUGCAAAUCCUUUUUUGUAUGGGCAGAUUUAUAUUCUCAUUUUAGUAUAGCUAGCUCUACACUAAGUUGAAAGCUUAUUCUCAGUUCAAGUUUUAAGCAUGUGCUUGGAGGACUGAAGAUGCUACUUACUCUUGUGAUUUUACAGUGAUGUUUUGGGGAGGAUAAUAUGCCUUAUCUACCCAUUAAUUAGUGCACAAAAUGUUAAUUAUUCUCCAAAUGUUGACAGGUCUAUCAUAUCCCCUGAUCUGUCCUGUCUAAAUGCCAGUCUUUCAUUUGAACAACAAGCACUCCAAAGAUUCAUUGACUGUACUGGUAUUUCUAAAAUGAGACUUAAAUAAAUGCCAGCUUUAACCAAAAUAGUUGGUUUUCUUUCAAGCUGA